AUGAGCAGUAUUCAUAGUCAGGCAAGCGAUACUCUGCCUCAAGAAACUCAGGCAGCAACACCACCAGCCCAACAACAACAAUACAACAGGGGUAAGACCCCAGCCAUACGAGAGGAGAACGAAGAGGAAGAAGACGGUGACGCAAGUAAUGACGCGAUCAACCGUGAUGACAAGCCCUCACCAAAAGCCAAUUCAACGAGGUCUUCAUCCUCGUCAAAUGCUGUUAGUUCAAGUAAUGGUGGUAAAUCUAUGUCUACGAUAACUUUUGAAAAACAGAAAGUUGUACCACCAAGAGCAAGAACACAUUCAGCUCAGAGCGUGCUUUCUACCAUUUCACUACAACCUAUGUUCCAUCAACAUGCUCACCAGAAUCAGCAACAAAGUCAACAACCUCAGCAGACUAAUGAAGAUCAGAGAAACUUGAGUUGUACUAACUUAGCUAGGAUCAAUCAACAGAUUCAGUCACCUGCGAUGUCUUCCAUACGUAAGAAAGGCGUCACUAAUAGUGUUACAAGUGGCAGGAUUAGUGAUGAAGACUUAGAAAUUGGACUGCGACUCCCGUUUACGGAUGAUAAGAGGUUGUAUUUGGAUGCGAAUAGCGUUAAACAGAGACAGCAGCAGAAACAGAAACAAUUACAAAAGAAGGAUAAUGCGUCUGUGAAGACUAAUGGGUCGACAGUUGUGGAAAACGAAGAAGUGGAGGAAGACGAUGUUGUUAUGCAGAAGAGACUCACCGCGCAGGCGUUGAGAAAAUUAUCCAAUCUAAGGGGAAGUUCGACCAUGGGGGUUGGGAUUAAUCAAGCCUUGAUUAACAACGACAACAACAAUAAUUCUAAUAACGGUAACAACAAUAGCUUGUCCUAUGGUGAUGGAGAUGGCAGGACCAUUGAUGAAGGCAGUCAGGAUUUAGAAGCUAUGACACAUCUGAAAUUCGGUAAUAAAAAAGUGUUUUUGGAUUCCUUCCCACAGGGAAGCAAUAACAACAAUAAUUACUACAGCAGUAACAAUAAUAAUAAUAAUAAUAAUAACGUUGCUGCAAGCUUGGUUACACAGCAACCGUCGCUUCAAAGCAUCAGAAAGGCAUCCUUAGAGGUAAUCCAACAACCAGGUCAACAACUUAAUACACAACAAAAAGUGGGAGUACCACCUACAAGUGGUACAACACCCACAAAUGCUUCUUCUAGAAGGUGUGUAAAACAGAUAAACAAUCCCAAGAAACCACUUUAUUUGCCAGCUGUACUAAGGGACGUUUCAGAGACAAAUUUAACAAAUGAGGAUUUUGUAAGGCCACCAUCACCACCACAAUCUUUGGUUUCUAAUAAUCAGACGAUAACCUCGCGCAAUUUGCACCAACAGGCUCAACAUUCCAGUCAAAAUACUAGUGCUUCGUCCACGGCAAGUAUCCAUUCUUCAAGUUCAUCCGUGAUGGAAUCCUGUCGUCGUCAAAUUGCACUUUGGUUUUUUCCCAAUGGUGAAUACAGUUCAAUGGAAAAUCGCUGGAGUCAACUGUUAGAUCCUCCUGCUCCGCCAACCAAACGUCAUUGGCUGCAUGAUAACAAGAGAGGUUCUUGUCAUUACUGCCAUAAAUUGUUUACAUUUUGGGAACGGAAACACCAUUGUAGACAUUGCGGUGAUAUUUUUUGCCAACAACACUUAGGUCAUUGGCUUUACUUAAAUAGUGAUGCAAGUUUUAUCAUUGGUGGUGGUGGUUUAGGUACACUGUCAAAGAUAUGUGAUGGAUGUUUAGAAGAAUAUGAAAAUGUGGUAAAGAAUCCAAAGUGGAAGAGCCAAAAAUUGGGUAAUUUCAAUCAACACGGUGGUUUGGUUGAGCCGACAAGAGCAGCAGCAGCAGCAGCAACACCACCUAAAAAUGUGGAAGGUAUUAAUGUUCAAAAUGAUGAUUCAAAGGGAGAUUUCAUCGGUAGUGUUGCAGGGUCGGUACCUGCAGAUUGGAAUUGGAGUAGUUUUUGA